CAGAUUAGCAGAUUAGGAUUGUUUAUACAGAUUACUUUAUAACCCAGAUUGAGGGAACCGGGAGAGGGAUUCUUCAACAGAACUUCAGGGGGGAAGGUCUGGUCCCUGUAAGCAUUCAGAAUGCCGGUCAUAAACGUAGAUGACUUGACGGACAAGGACAAGGCUCAGAUGGAAGUGACUCAACUGAAAACUGAAGUGAAACUUGAGAGGUGGUUGACAUCUAAAUGUUGCGAGGAAAUUAAGGACUACAUCCAGGCCGGGGUGGAGGAGGACAUCCUGGUCAAAGGCAUGCCAGAGGACAAAAACCCCUUCAAGGAGAAAGGUGGCUGUGUCAUCUGCUAGACUGGACCUCUGGAGCUUUUCACAACACAUCCUCAAACAUUAGCAUCCAAGGACACUAUCCCUCCCCAGAUAAAACAGAUUUGCAGACUGGAGAAGCCUAGAAGGACAAAACAAAGCCAGAGUUAAUAAAACUUGACUGUUCCCAUGUAUAUGAUUCCCCAUCUUCUUGCCAGAUUUGUAGCCUCAUAAUUGUAUUUUUUGGAAAGAGGCAAUAAAUAAGAGUUGUACUCGCCGAGGGUUAAAAAAUGCUUCUCUCUCAUGUGGUGAAUAAAGUCUGAGCAAAUGGACCCAUGUGUUGUUUCAUACACAGAAGCAACGGUCAUUAAAUCUGCUUGUUUGUAACUCA